GAGACAAUUAACUUGUUCUCUGUAAUGUUGUAUAGCUUUUGAAUCGUGACGUUUCGAGGAAAAUAAGCAGGCUUCUCGACUGACUUUGAGAAGGAAUUGCGUGACGUAGCAUGACAACGUGAACGCGAUUGGUCAACUGGGUGGGGCGUUAUACGUUCACGCAUUAAUUGACCAAUGGGACCAAAAUACAGUGGAACAGCUUGGAGAGUUCUCUGGCAAAGCGGUCCAAUUUUUUUCUUAAAUAACACACUGUUGUUCGAAUCCCACAUUUGAGCUGAUAGCAUCCAUCGUUUUGUAAUAAUAUCUCUACCAUUUCCCAGAUGUAUCAGCAGGCGGCAGUAAUGCGGUCGUUUUGUGUUUAUUGUGCCCAGAAAAAAACACAGAAGAAGAAUAGAACUGCUUCCUGGUGACGUGAACACAGAACCAUGAAGGUGCAUUUCUAAUCACUUAGUUUACAAUCGAUUUCUGUCAUAGUUACGCCCGAAAGACAUCGGCGAAAAUGUUCAAAGGGUGGGGAACGUGGCUGGGUAUAGAGAACACUACGAAGACAGAGGAUAGCGAAGUGGCUGAUGUUGCUGUGGAGGAGCAAGAGGAGAAAAUUGUGCAAGACCAAAAUGAAGUAAACAAACAACACGAACCUCCAGCAACAGAAGAACUGGAGCAGGAGGACGGAGACACAGUCCAACUCAUCUCCCAGCAAGCUACAGGAUUCGGUGGUAAGGAAGAUUAUAGAUGGUUUUAAUUUAUAUUCAUGUGAAAAGUGAUUAACAGACUAAUAAUGAUUAUGUAGGCCUAAGAGACAAUACAUUGUUUGCCUGCCACAACUUGAAUGACAAUGCCAUCUGAAGCUGAAAAAGUGAUCCAAGUUUUAUAUCCCUGUUCCCUAUACAGGCUUAAUAUUCAACUUUGCCAGCAAUGCCACCAAGAAGAUCUCCAGCUCUGUGGCAGAGACUGCACACACAAUCAAGAAGAGUGUGGAAGACGGGAACAUAGACGGAAUUAUUGACAAGGUGCAUGGCGUGCUCCACUUUGCUGAAUCCUGUUUUACAAGGAGAAUGGUUUAAAGUUAGCAUAGGUUGUUACAGUUGAAGUCAGAAGUUUACAUACACCUUAGCCAAAUACAUUUAAACUCAGUUUUUCACAAUUCCUGACAUUUAAUCCUAGUAAAAAGUCCCUGUCUUAGGUCAGUUAGGAUCACCACUUUAUUUUAAGAAUGUGAAAUAUCAGAAUAAUAGUAGAGUGAUUUAUUUCAGCUUUUAUUUCUUUCAUCACAUUCGCAGUGGGUCAGAAGUUUACAUACACUCAAUUCGUAUUUGGUAGCAUUGCCUUUAAAUUGUUUAACUUGGGUCAAACGUAUCGGGUAGCCUUCCACAAGCUUCCCAUAAUAAGUUGGGUGAAUUUUGGCCCAUUCCUAUUGACAGAGCUAGUGUAACUGAGUCAGGUUUGUAGGCCUCCUUGCUCGCACACGCUUUUUCAGUUCUGCCCACACAUUUUCUAUAGGAUUGAGGUCAGGGCUUUGUGAUGGCCACUCCAAUACCUUGACUUUGUUGUCCUUAAGCCAUUUUGCCACAACUUUGAAGUUGUUUGAUAUGUAAUACUAAUGAGUGAUUCCUCACGGAACCCAGACAAAAAAAAUACCAUGAUUUGGGGGAUUUUCGCGAAAUGUAAUCCAUGGAAUGGUCCUUUGGAGGAAGGAUUGUUGGCGUAUAAUUGAGAAAUAAUUAAUCAAAGUUGGCAUAUGUAUGACAUUUUGGCCUUACCUAGGCCUCCUUUUGAGGCUCCAUAAUGUUUCAUCUGUAGAUGCUAAAGCAAAGAUUGGUGUCAUAAGAAGCUUUACCUCUUGCUCUGUAAUAUGAGUAGUAUUUUAAUUUCAAUAAAACGUUUUUUACAUUAACUUAUGAAUAUUGACAAAUAUAAAUUGAAUAUUGAAAAUAUACCAUUUUUGAUUUGGCACAUUUUUCAAUAUAUUGUUGAACAUAAUAUACUCUAGUCUUCAGGGAUAUAAAAAUUCCAGAGUGGGAUCUCUGCUAGUUUUCAUGUUAUGUCCCAUUUUAUUCAGAGAAAUUGUCAUAGUAGGCAAUGUAGUCAAUCACAGCCCUUCUUUUAUCAUUGCACAUCCUGCAAAUCACCAGCAGGAGCGAACAUUUUGAAUCCAUUUUCCACAUUCACUCUGUUGGUAAUGCUUACAGAUUGGAUCAUUACGCUAAAAGUAGCAGAGGCCCCAGUCUGGAACUUUGAAAUGCCCGUAGAGUAUAUUAUGUUCAAUAAUAUAUUGAAAAAGAAACGGCAGUCAUUUAUUGAAGUCUACAAGGGCCAUUGUUUGUCUGAGAACAACGUAGGAGUGCUGUAUCGAUAGCUAUGAUUCUAAUCUAUCAUUGCAAAAUAAUCACUGCUCUAUUGGACAUAACAUUUUCCUAAUCCAGGCACUUGUCAUCUCCCGUCUGGAUUACUGCAACUCGCUGUUGGCUGGGCUCCCUGCUUGUGCCAUUAAACCCCUACAACUCAUCCAGAACGCUGCAGCCCGUCUGUUGUUCAACCUUCCCAAGUUCUCUCACGUCACCCCGCUCCUCCGCACGCUCCACUAGCUAACAGUUGAAGCCCGCAUCUGCUACAAGUCCAUGGUGCUUGCCUAUGGAGCUGUGAGGGGAACGGCACCUCCGUACCUUCAGGCUCUGAUCAGUCCCUACACCCAAAUGAGGGCAUUGCGUUCAUCCACCUCUGGUCUGCUGGCCCCCCUACCUCUGCGGAAGCACAGUUCCCGCUCAGCCCAGUCAAAACUGUUCGCUGCUCUGGCACCCCAAUGGUGGAACAAGCUCCCUCACGACGCCAGGACAGCGGAGUCACUCACCACCUUCCGGAGACACUUGAAACCCCACCUCUUUAAGGAAUACCUGGGAUAGGAUAAAAGUAAUCCUUCUACUCUCCCCCUACCCCCCCCCCCCCCCCCCCCCCCCCCCAAAAAAAAAGAGGUCAUAAGGUGAAUGCACCAAUUUGUAAGUCGCACUGCUAAAUGACGAAAAUGUAAAUGUAAGUAUGCUUGGGGUCAUUGUCCAUUUGGAAGACCCAUUUGCGACCAAGCUUUAACUUCCUGACUGAUGUCUUGAGAUGUUGCUUCAAUAUAUCCACCUAAUUUUCCUUCCUCAUGAUGCCAUCUAUUUUGUGAAGUGCACCAGUCCCUCCUGCAGCAAAGCACCUCCACAGCAUGAUGCUGCCACCCCCGUGCUUCACGGUUGGGAUGGUGUUAUUCGGCUUGCAAGCACCACCUUUUUCCUCCAAACAUAACGAUGGUAUCUAUAUUGUUAGAUAUUACUUGUUAGAUAUUACUGCACUGUCGGAGCUAGAAGCACAAGCAUUUCGCUACACACGCUAUAACAUCUGCUAAACACGUGUAUGUGACAAAUACAAUUUGAUUUGAUUUGGUAAUUAUGGCCAAACAGUUCUAAUUUUGUUUCAUCAGACUAGAGGACAUUUCUCCUAAAAGUACUAUCUUUGUCCCCAUGUGCAGUUGCAAACCGUAGUCUGGCUUUUUUGUGACGGUUUUGGAUCAGUGGCUUCUUCCUUGCUGAGCGGCCUUUCAGGUUAUGUCGAUAUAGGACUUGUUUUACUGUGGGUAUAGAUACUUUUGUACCAUGAUGUCAAGCAAAGAGGCACUGAGUUUGACGGUAGGCCUUGAAAUACAUCCACAGGUACACCUUAAAUUGACUCAAAUGAUGUCAAUUAGCCUAUCAGAAGCUUCUAAAGCCAUGACAUAAUUUUCUGGAAUUUUCCAAGCUGUUUAAAGGCACAGUCAACUUAGUGUAUGUAAACUUCUGACCCACUGGAAUUGUGAUACAGUCAGUGAAUUAUAAAUGAAAUAAUCUGUCUGUAAACAAUUGUUGGAAAAAUUACUUGUGUCAUGCACAAAGUAGAUGUCCUAACUGACUUGCCAAAACUAUAGUUUGUUAACAAGAAAUGUGUGGAGUGGUUGAAAAACGAGUUUUAAUGACUCCAACCUAAGUGUAUGUAAACUUCCGACUUCAACUGUAUAUAACACCCUCUCUGGUGUUAGCUCAAAACCACUGAUUCCUGAAGCUUUGAGGUUUCUGUCUUGUAGCAUCACAUGCCUGUGUUUCUGUUUUCCAGACUAUUUGGGGGGAUUUCAAAAAAGAACAGGACAAAUUUGUCCAAGAAAAGAAAGCAAAGAAAUCAGGUCAGUGUGGAAACAUCAUACCCCCUUGAGAUUAGCCUGGGUACCAGUCUGUUUAGCAUACGUUCCACUCCUUGUACUCUGUGUCCUCAAAUCAACGUUUAUCAAAUCAAUGUUUAUUUGUCACCUGCACAGCAAGGUUAUUAUAGUUUCCUGUUUUUAUAUUAGUUUGUAUUUCUAUUAGUUGUAAGAUAUUGAGUUAAUGAUUUAUGAAAAUAUUGCUAUUUCGUAGACAUUUUAAAUUUAGUUUUAGCGUUAUGGACAGACGGUAGCCUAUGCAUGGGAGGCUAGGAGACUUUUAUGCAUUGUAUAGUUGUUGUGUUUUUGGGGAUGUCACUUCCUGCCACUGGGGGGCAGUAAUAUGUUUAAAGGAAGACUCAGCUAGAUGAUGUAGAUCGGUUAUUCCCAAAACUGGGAAUAACCGAUCUAAGCUAGGAGACUUUUAUGCAUUGUAUAGUUGUUGUGUUUUUGGGGAUGUCACUUCCUGCCACUGGGGGGCAGUAAUAUGUUUAAAGGAAGACUCAGCUAGAUGAUGUAGAUCGGUUAUUCCCAAAACUGGGGUACGCGUAAUGCUGUCGGGGGUACGCCAAAUAAAAAUGUAA